AUGGGCUUGCUGUCCAUAAUCCGCAAGCUCAAAGCCAAAGACCACGAGCUGCGCAUCCUCGUUCUCGGGCUCGACAACGCAGGCAAAACCACAAUAAUGAAGCGGCUCACUGGCCAGCCGACAUCAACAGUCUCCCCGACGCUCGGCUUCAACAUAACAACGUUCUCGCUGCCGCCUUACGUUUUGAAUUUCUGGGAUAUCGGCGGGCAGCGGACGAUCCGCGCAUACUGGCGCAACUACUUUGAGCAAACAGACGCGCUGGUCUGGGUGGUGGACUCGGCGGACCGCGCGCGGCUGGGCGACUGCGCCGAGGAGCUGCAUGCGCUGCUGAAGGAGGACCGGCUGAUGGGCGCGUCCCUGCUGGUGUUUGCCAACAAGCAGGACAUUGCCGGCGCCCUGUCGGCCGAGGAGGUCUCACGCAUGUUAAGGCUGGACAUGCUGGCCACGCACCGGUGGAGCAUCCGCCCGUGCUGCGCCGCCGUGGCCGCCGACAACCUGCUGGACGGCAUCCGGUGGCUAGUCGACGAUGUAUCCGCACACGUUCUGCGCUGA